AUGCAAAGCAAAGCAAUUCUUAAUAUUUCUCGUCAAGCAAAUGGUUGGAAACCUGUUGGACAUACUCUUGAUGAACAAAAUUUACUUCGUGAUAUGUCUAUUAUUGUUGCUGCCUGGCCUGAAAAUGCUGAAGAUAAUAUACCUACAGUACCAUGUUUAUCAGCCGAUGGUCAUUUGCUUGUGUUAAGUGUUGCUGCAAGUCGUAUACGUUAUGGAGUAAGUUUAACUUUCGUCGCAGUUUAUCCAACUGAUAUGAAAAGUGUUUUACCAAAAAAUAUUUCAACUGAUCCACUCUCGUCAAAUCAACAGAGUUUGUGGUGUAUAUUUAGUGAUGGAUCAGUGACACCUGUAUAUACUUAUGAUUCUCAAUAUAUAAGUGAACGGAUAUCUCUUUUGGAUUGUCCACUUAGUCAAUUUGCUAAUGAUCAGUUAUGGAGAUUAAACCAAACAAUACGAGUCUAUCUUGCAUCAACAACAACAAAAGAUAGAAAAAUACCUGUACUCAAAGCAUUUGUAAAAGCUCCAGUAGUUUCUGUCCGUUCAUCAAAUUCCAGUCAAGAAUCUUUUACA